UGGUGACAUUUGCACAUUCGUUCUGACAUCCUUGUUCUGUGACAGUUCAGCUAAUAUGAAGACCAUCAUUGCAACUGCUGUUCUCUUGGCCAUCACAUUGGCCGAACCUCCCCCGUCUAACAGCUACCUCCCUCCCCCCGCUGCCGGCCGCAGUGGUGGGUACCCCAGCGGUGGCCCUCAGGGUUCCGGUGUAAUAGCGGCCAGGAGUGGCCUGGAGCACGGGGAUCAUGGGUUCCAGGGUCAUGGAAGCCAUGGGCAUGCGGCGCAGGGCAAUGGAUUUGCUAGGAGUGGACUUGGCGGUCAUGGCAGUCUCAAUGGUCUCGGUCAGUCGGCUUUUGGAAGGAACGGGCUUGAGGACAGCGGGGAGCCAGCGAACUACAACUUCGGGUAUAUGGUGAGCGAUUUCGAGGAGGGCACGGAUUUCGGACACCAUGAGGAAAGGCAGGACGAGCGGGCCGAGGGGGAGUACCAUGUUGUGCUGCCUGAUGGCAGGAAGCAGACCGUAAGCUACGAAGCCGACGAGCGUGGCUUCAAACCCCACAUCUCCUACGAAGACACUGACGUGUCUGGUCGCGCCGGCGGCUACGACUCAAAUGCCAACAACGCGCGCAGCUUCGGUAAUGGCGGACACGGUAACCAUGGCAACGCCCGCUCUAAUGGCUACUGACUCACUUCACACCUUAUUUUAAUAAUCAUAAGUCUUUGCUUUGUAUAAUGGCGUAGAAUUUAAGUGCAAAUCUGAAAAUGCUAAAAAUAUUAUUCUGAUUUAUUGUAUUGUUGGCACGAGCUAGUUUUUUUAUUAAUAGGUAAAUAUAUUUUUAUUUUUUCA